CACCCUGAUACCCGCCUGGUGCCGGCGGGGCAGCCUAGGUGUUAAUUUCAGUAGAGUUCUUGCCAUGGUAACGCCAGCAAGCACCGGGUACCCUGGGGAGGCAGCCGUUCCACUGCCGUGCGCGCACUGCUGCAUCUGGGGUGCUUAUUGUGAGCUGCGGCAGGAACUGCCCUGCAGAAAGCUCCCAAAACACACUCCCCAGCUCUGCUGCUUGCAGAUGUGACUAGAGCUGGCUGAGUAUCCUCACUUCUGUGCUGUCAGAUGGAGGGCUCCGAGGAGCUGGAGAGCAGCCUCCUGACCCAGCCCUGGGCUUCUGUUCGCUUUGGAGAGUCCACUUUUCUUGCCAAAGUGUGCUUCAGGGAUACUGGCUAUAUCCUGCUGAUCUCUGACCUCAGCAGUGUCUGGUACGAGAGUGCAGAUGCCGAGGCUGUGGGACAAAGGUCCAAGGAGCUGAACAAGCGGCUGACAGUUCACGUGUCCUCCUUCCUGAACCACUUGAGCAACCUGAUGUGCCCUUUGCUGGCAGGACAGCCAGGUGCCACCACCACUUUCUCCUGCCACCGCUCUCCCAGUGGCCUCAGGCUGCACGUGAAAAGCGAGCUGUCAGGACUGCCCUUCUACUGGGACUUCCACUGCUGCCCUGCUCCCCUGGAGAUGGUGUUCCGUCACCUCGUGCGGCCCCUGAUUCACAUGAACCUGGCGCUGCAGUACCAGGUGCAAGAGCUGAUUUCCCUGCUUCUCCAGAAGGAUGCUGAGAUUGAAGAUUACAGGGAGAGUGGGGCCACUCUCAGCAGAGACCGCCUGAAGACAGAGCCCUUCCGGGAGGAGACAUUUCAGCAGAACUUCAUGGCUGAGACCCUGCCCGGGAUCUGCCGUGCGGGAGAAGGGCCGGCGUUUGCCUCUGCUCUGCAGCAGCUCUACACUGCAGUGACACAGCAGGAGGCCAAGCAGGCUCGGAAACGGCAUUGCUCUGAGGGCGACGUGGAUACAGCACCCACUGCAGAAACUACAGAGCACCCCCAUCCACCUGCUCCAUCCCAGGAGGAUGAAACGACAUCUUCCAGUGAGAGAACCUCGCCAACCUCCUCCCCAGCUCAGAAGCCCCGGCUGGCUGCAGCCAAGGCCAAGCCAAAGAAGGCAAAAGGGCUCUUCAGCUGAAAGAUUGCUGCCAACCCUUCUGAGAUCUCUGCUUCCCCCAGCAUCCAAGAGAGGGAGCGCAGAGCACCAUGCAUCAUCUGCCUCUUCUCUGCAUCUCCUGGUGGACCCUGCCCAGGUCAUGGUCCCUUCCCAAGAUGUCUCCAGUUGGGGAGAUGGAACUCCUUUCUUCAACAGUGUUUCAGGAAACAGCUUUUCUGACUCUUCCCUGGUGCAGUUUUGCCAGGAAUCCUCUCAUGACAGAGCCAGUACUGGACCUGGGAGAAGUGGGAGGGUUGCUGCCAAUGGGUGUGGGACAGCUGGGGCUCUGGCAGAGCUGUGGGGUUUGGCUGCUCUUGAGUGGGUUUUCAAUAAAGGGCUGUGUCUGGGUGA